AUGCUCUCUUCCUCGAUUCUCUCCGUCUUCGCAGCAACACUCGUCUCAGCAACCCUCAUCCCCGACCCGGCAAACGACUACGCCUGCAUCUCCGUCCACAACCCCGUCAUAACCCUCCACGGCCUCGGUGCAACCUACUACGAAGACAUAAACUAUCUCGGCGACUGGCUCAAGACGGAAGGCUUCUGCGUUUACCGGGCCACGUAUGGCGCAUACCCCGAUUUCCCGCUCGUGGGCGGUUUUCUGCCAAUCAAGGAAAGCGCCGUCGAGAUUGCGGAUUUCAUAAAGGAGGUCGCUGCGAAUACGCGUAGCGCUAAGAUAGAUCUUGUAGGACAUUCGGAGGGCGCGUUCCAGUCGUUAUAUGUGCCGAAGUUCGAGCCCGGCGUAUCGAAGCUUGUGCAAAGGAUCGUCGCUAUUGCGCCGCCAACGCACGGCACUAGUUUUGCGGGGUUGAUUACAUUGGCUCAAGCUUUGGGGGUUGAUGGUUCUGUGCAAGAGGUGCUUGAUACGUUUGGUUGCGAUGCAUGCAAUGAUUUGGCGGAUGGUGGUGCGGCUGUUGCGCAGUUGAAUGAUGGCACCCCCAUUGUUCAGCCGGGUAAUGAUGUGACGGUUAUUAUCUCCAAGGAUGAUGAGCUGGUCACACCUACGUCCACUUCGGAGAUCGAGGAGGCGGGAGUGUGGAAUGUAUAUGUGCAGGAUUAUUGCCCUCUAGAUCCGGUGGGCCAUAUUGGCGAGGCGUAUGAUUUGAAUGUGUGGAAUAUGGUCAAGAAUGCAUUGACGGAUGUGACGGCACAUAACUUUGUUUGUGUUUUAGGAAGUCCUGGUAAAUAG